AUGAAGUUCAGCACGAUCCUCUCCGCCAUUGGGCUAGUCGCCUCCGCCAGUGCCGCCUCGCUGCAGCAGGUCACCAACUUCGGCUCCAACCCCAGCGGCGUCAAAAUGUACAUCUACGUCCCCGACAAGCUGGCGGCCAACCCUCCUGUCAUCGUAGCAAUUCACUACUGCACCGGCACUGCUCAGGCCUACUACAACAACAGUCCUUACAAGGGCCUCGCCGACCAGAAAGGCUUCAUCGUCAUCUACCCCGAGUCGCCCUACUCCGGAACCUGCUGGGACGUUUCGUCCAAGGCGACUCUCACCCACGACGGAGGAGCCAACAGCAACUCUAUCGCCAACAUGGUCAAAUACACCCUAGACAAGUACAAGGGCGACAAGUCCAAGGUCUUUGUGACGGGUUCUUCAUCCGGAGCCAUGAUGACUAACGUCUUGGCUGCGACGUACCCCGACGUCUUCGCCGCCGGAAUCGUUUACAACGGUGUCCCGGCCGGAUGCUUCUACACGAACUCCGUCAACGGCUGGAACAGCACCUGCGCACAGGGCCAGUCCAAGGCCACGCCGCAGCGCUGGGCUCAAUGGGUCUACGACGCCUACCCCGGCUACAACGGGUCCCGCCCCCGCAUGCAGAUUUACCACGGCAGCAUCGAUACCACGCUCAACUACGCAAACUACCAGGAGACGAUCAAGCAGUGGUCUGGCGUCUUUGGCUACAACCCGGACAAGCCCAUCACGUCCUCGCAGAACACGCCCCAGGCCAACUACCGCACUGAUGUGUUUGGUGACCACCUUACAGGUGUCUGGGCGGUCGGUGUUGGGCAUACUGUCCCGAUCCGGGGCGCUGAUGACAUGAAGUUUUUCGGUCUGUAA